GAACCUAAACUGCCUAAUAUUGAUUUCAACUCUCAGUCAUCAGCCACACCGCCACGAGCCGUCGUCCCUUCACCACCCGCCCACAUAAUCCCCGCCGCUGAGCCACCACUCACGCCGUCUGUUUACCACCACACAUUAUCUGAAUGAAGUCCUUGCCUGGCCAUUUUUUCAAAUAGUAAUAGUGCCAUUCCUUUCAUAACCGAACCUUAUUCUCUUAAAAUUUGAAGAGUGAAGUACAAGUUUAGAGUAUAUUUUCUUAUUGUUAAUUGUGAUGAUACUGAAAUUUACACCGAGAUCUCUGAUCAUACAUAACGGCUUAUGGUGAUUUCGGUAUAGGAUCAUUCAUAACAUAAUGUGAAAUCCCACUCUAUUUCAACAACCAAAAGAGCGCGGACUGGACUGGGCAGGAAAUGUGAUGUUAGUUUUCAAGCUACUUUGAAGAUGGAGGGAGCAACAAAGGAAAAUUACUUUGAAGAAGAAAGUGAUGGUGAGAGAUAUAGUAAAGAUUCUGAUGGUGGUGAUGAUGAUGAUGAAUAUUGCUAUGCCUCUGUACCAGUCUCCAAGUUACAGCCCAGGAAAGUUUUAUCAAAGGGUCGUUGGAUUCAAGAGAUAGGAAUGGCCGAGGUUGAAGUUCAAAAGGGUCCAAUUUGGAGGACAACAGGCAUAGUCCGUUGUGGAAAAAUCUAUUGCUCAAUUGAAGAACUUUUGUUUAUGGCCGAAUUGGGGGCUUUUCUUCUGAUGGAUGAUGCUGGUGCCAGUAUUUCUAUGGAGGAGAUGUAUAUGAGGAUUUCAGAUGAAAAUAAUGGAUGUUCUUGGGAGCAUUUUCAGGCCUACAGGCAACUGAAGUCUCUUGGUUACAUUGUGGGGAGAUACAAUAUCCCCUGGUCUCUAAAACAUGUUAAGAGCAAUACUGAAUCUUCUUCUUCUCAUUGGUCUUCAGAAAAUGUAAUGGACUUGAAAUCCAAAGACGAUAUCUCUGUUGUAGGAAUGUUUAGUCGGCUGCAGAUUGACGAAGUAAAACCAGUAUUUGAUGUUUAUCUCCCAAAUACCAAGUUUAGAAAAUCUUCACCUGAUGAUCCAAGCUUUGUGCUCUGCUUUGCUAGUGGCUAUCCACCAUCCAAAAUGACACUUCAACUCAUGGAGAGAAAAUGUGGAGGAAUUCCUUUGAAGUUUUGUCAUGUAGAGCAAGGACGAGUGAGUUUCUUUUCCUUUGACAAAGUGGAGCUUCCCAUCCUACCCUGAUAUGCAGUUCUAUGCUCGUUCAGAUCAGAUGAAAAGGGAACAGGUCUGCAAAUGCCCUUCCUUGUAUUUUUGCCAGUUGACUAAGUUAUCUAUGGAGCAAAAGAUUUCCUGAUUAAUCUCUGCAAUUGGAUUUCAGUCAAGUCUAGCAGUUUCAAAAAACAGCUCAUGCUUGCUUAGUUUUGAUGCCUCAUGAUAUUGCACGGCUAAUGGAUAGUACUGAGGUGUAUUCUUGCAAGUCAGCUUUUGAGUGUUUAGUUCUGAUGUCUGAAGCUUAAAGUGUGUGGACAAAACCUUUAUGGAAGAGUUCAGCUUCCAUAAAGGUUUUGGAAAAUCUGCAAAGAAGACGCCCUUAUCAAUUUUUGUCUCCGGGUUGGUGUGUUCUAUGUGAAUCGAAAGGAGAAUUGGUAGGUCACACCUGUUUUUUCAGUGUCAGUUCGUCCUAAUGUUAUGGAUCAAGUUUCCCAAGGAAUUCUGUUUAUUUUGGUGUAUUUGGCUUGUGAAAUAAAGGGUAAGACGUUGUUUCUCUAUCUAAAGCAGCAGUUUUUUUUUUGGCUAUUUUUGGGCUGUGUGGCUGGAGAGGAAGACGCAGUAACAGAAGACUUUCUCUGUGAUAAAAUUAAAUUCUGGGUAGCAAAUGUUAAAGGAUUUGAGGAGUCUCUUUUCUAGACUUAGCGAGGGAUUGGACAAGUUUUCAAUGAUCUCUGAGAGCUGAUUCCUUUUGUUUUUCCAUUUUUGAUUGUAUGUAGUUUGGUUUCCUUUUUCAGGGUUUCAUGUUUACACUUUUAUUUUAUGGUGCAAACAUGAACUUUACAUUUUAUUUUAAUGAUUAAUGCAAAGUUUGGUUUUUUCUUUGAUAUUGGACCGCUUGCUUCUAUGGAUUGUAAAAAUAGAACACCCCAUAUUUCCAUAUUUAAGGAUCUAUGGAUGCCAUAGUGAUAUUGAAUUUUGGAGAUUUAGAGAUUUGGUAUUUA